CCUCCUCUGACGGUUCGUUAAAUCUCGGCCCUCGUUCGGAGAUGCUCGCGAGAUGCUGGCAACGAUUGUGUUCACGUCCGGGAGAGAGGCACCGUGACUGGGACGACGAGAUGGAACGCUCCUUCCCGCACCGAAACGUUCUCGGCAGUCAGUUCAAGAUGUGAUCAUCACACCACAUCAUCAUUUGAAUCAGUUUCUAUAGCAACGAAAAUAUCAGAGUUUCAUCUUUUGAAAAAACUCCCAUUACCACAAUGCAGUCCUCCAGCUGCUCCUCUCAGCCUGCCAAGCCACGGCGUUUUGAUGUCAGCAGGCGGGCCGCUACCUUACCUGGGCCGAGGUUUCGUGGUGUUCAGAAGGAGGAUAAAAACAUGAACACCAUCUCUUCAUCCUCCCCUCGACGGGUGACAAGAGGUCCCGUCGCUCCCCCCAGGACCAGGCCGGCGGUGCAGCCUCGUGCGCCGCUAAGCCAAAGUAAGUUUGGCGCUCAAAAAGCUAGCACGGCCAUCUCCAAAUCAGCUAAACCCAAACCCAAGAGCGUCCGUGCAUCUGUGGCAACCCAAAUCGCAUCUCCUCUUCCGCCACCUCCCGCCGUUCUCCCUCUCGACCCCAACUGCAACGAGCCGAGCCUCCCGUGUCUGUGCUGUGACGGGCGCUCGCCGCAGGACAACAACAGCAUGUUCAACCAUAACCACAACAACAACAACACCGUUUCUCUUAGGCAUCAACUGCAGCUUCCUCCGCCGCCUCCGGCUGUAGUACCACUGAGACGAGACGGGACGGGGGCCAAGGAGCUGCCCUCUCAAGUGGAGGCUCCCAUCCUAGAGCCUGCGCCGCAACUUGCCGCCAGUGAUGCCAAAAAAGCAGACAUGGAUGAUCAGAAAUAUGUCAAAUCAGAGGAAGAGGACGAUGAGAGCAGCAGUGGUGAUAUCGAUAUUGAUGACGAGGACGACGGUGAUCGCGAUGAUGACGAUGAUGAUGACACCCUGGUGCCCUCGUGCUGCGACUGCCCGCCAUCCCUUCUGGAGUUCUCGCUCUCCUCUUCUACCUCGUCCUCCUCUACUUCCAUCAGCUCCUGCUCUGAUUUGGAGUCCGACUGUGCGGAUCAAUACACCUCCCAAAACCAAUCAAUCAAGGACUCUUCUCCUGAAUGUCAGCCGCCUGCACGGUCGCUCCCCGCCUUACCUCUCGACCGGGGCCACUUGUCUGUAACGUCACACACCCCAAUUUCAUCCCCAGAUGAGGGUUACCCCUCUGCCCUGGACACCCCUUCUCCUGACUAUUUGGGAGUCAAAGGCGAUUCUGAAGUUACAAAACUGGGUUUGCUCGACUUCCUGGAAUCGGUCGGGGAGUUUGGUAAAAUGGAACGCUUCAGCCAGGUGAUCCAAGUGGCCCGCUGGGAUUUGGAGGGUGAGCAGAAUUGGGAUGUCUUAAGAGAUCGGUUAGAUCACAUGGAUCGCUUGGAGAAGGUCAACAGGGAAGUAAAACUGUCCUACAUCGCCAGACUCCACGAGAAGGGGUUUGAUCUGGGGGAUCUGGAAGAGCGGGACCUAUCAGACGUCAUGGAUGAAAUGGGAAACAUCGACAUCGGCUGGAAGUUGUAUAAAACCCGAGGGGGGUUCAUGGGAGAAUCUCAAGAGUUCUCUGACGCAGGGGUUGACCUCACCGCUCCGUCGGAUUGCGAUGACCCUCUUGCUCCUGACUCCCUUACGCCUUCCCCGGCUGAGCCACCGCCUCGGCCACCGAAACCUCCAGCACGUCACGCCAGCGUCAACUCCGACCUUCACACCUACAUCAACAUCAGCCGGGAGACCACCUCCAUGGCCCUUACCACCUCUCCCACCUUGUCCACCUUCUCUCCCAACUCCUCUUCUCCCACGUUCUCCACCUUUCGCUGCGAGAAGCCUUUGCCCCUGUCACCACCAUCCAUCCCUCCUCUCCCUGUCUCUAAACCAGUCUCAUACCUCACCCUUUACACUACUUCCUCUCCCUCAGUCCCCACCCCUACUCCUCCUAUUCCCCCACCUCGAAGGCGACACCUUGCCAGGAAGGAGGCACAGCGCCUCGCUGCCCUUCAAGUAGAACAGGAAAAGACCCCACUGUCCUUACCGCCUCCGACUACACGGCCCCCUCCUUUGCCUCCUCCGCCGGUUAUCUCUUCCUCUCUGCCUCCUCCAAGUGUACCUCCACCUGCCCUUCCUCCUCCGCCUUCCUUUCAUGCUCUGGAUGUGGAAAUCCGGAAGCUCUUGAUGCUUGCAGGGUUGACUCAGGCUGAGCUCCUCAAGCUGAGCCCAGAGCUCGGCGACUGCGUUGGGACUUUAGAGGAGGAGGUUGACCGAGAGCCAGUGGAGUUCAGACUAAAGGAGGAGGAAGCCGUGGAUGGAUGGAGCAGCAGAAGCAAACUGGUGAGGGAUGGAGAGGCAGUUUUUCCAGAUGAAGUGAAGACAGAAGCCCAAAGAACCACCUCAUUCUCUGAGAUGGCACGAAGAAGGAAGAAGAACAGUAGUCUGACAUCGGACACCUACUACAGCACCAGCUUCAGUAACAUGCAUGAACCUAAACCUAAUAACUUUGAGUCCUGCCGCUAUGCAGGCAAGGCACUCGAUCCACCUGCUCCUCCUCCUCCUCCUCGUCCCUUACCCCCAAUACCCCCAAGUGUGCCACCUCUCAAAGUCAGCACUCUAAAAGCUAACUCUGCACAGCCUGAACGCUUUGAUUGGCUCAUAGCAUUCACCCCCGAUGGGGACGCCCCACCUCAGUCCACCGAAAUGAGAAAACUUCAUGUAGAAACGGCAAAGAAGAGCCUCACAGCACCAAAGGUCACCAGCUUUAAAGAGCUGCGCUACCGCAACAAGAGUGGCGCCCCUGCAACCAGGGUGAUCACCGACCCGGACCCUGAUCCCACCGUCAUCACACCUGACCCCGACAUACUGUACAACCUGAAGUGGAGACGGGAGAAGGAGGGCAGCGGGGGCAGCCAGUGGGAGUACACUUCACAGGCUCAGGCCCUGUUCAUGCAGCCCCCCCCAGCCCUCACCUCUAUGGCGGCGCUGAAGGAAAUGCUCCAGAGGGCAGACGAGGAGAGCGGGAAAAGAAGCGACAAGAUGGGCUGCUCGGUUAGCGAGAGCAGCCUAUGGACCGUGAGCAGAGAGUGGGAGCGUGAAGAUGCGAAAAGGGAGAAGGAAGGGUGGGAAGAAGAUGAGGCGGAGGUGCGAGGACAAGCAGAUGGAGGGAGGACUCUUGAAUCAAGAACCACUGUUUCCUCCCCCCCACUGUCCCUUACCCGGCCCCCUCAGCCCUACUUCCUGCAUAAUGCCCCUGUUUCCUGCCACCCAGGUCAUGUCCAUAUAAAUUCCCGGCCACACGCCCAUGUUGGGAGAGAGUCUUUAGACCUUCAGUGGGCUCAAGCUGACACUGAUUCUGUGUUCCAUUGUGAAAGGAGGGAUGAUUUAGACUCACACAACUGUGGGAAGGAAUUUAAGCAAAACACAGCAAAACAAGAUUUCAGUCAUUACAGAAUUAAUGACAGUUGGGACUCUCAGCCUAAUCUGGACUCCCUCUAUUGCAGUGAUAAGACAAGCAUCACAGUUACGAAUGCUGCACCGGGCUGCACCACCCCAUAUAAGAACAUAGAUGUCAUGAUGACUUAUUCAUGCAAUCCAAAGAAACCAACAGACUAUAAUGCUAACAAGACCAGGGCCUCCAAAGAGCUUCCCCCUCUGCCCACCUACUACCUGUACCGCUCCAAGAACUGCCCACUGCAUGGGGGCUCCCCUCCUCGCCUCUCCCCAGUAGGAGCCCUCUCUCCUCCUCAGCGUUCAGGGGCGGGCUCCAACCUCAGCUCGCCGUUUUUCCCCCGCUCGCACACACUGCCCACCCUCGCCGCUCCCCCCUACUACCCUAACCUUUAUGCUCCUAUACCCCCCCAUGCUCCCCCUCUGCCCCCAAAACUCUACCAGGCGUCACGGCAGCCUCGCGUGGCCACUGUCCGCAGUGUGUCGUUCGGCGGAGCUGUGCAGCGAGGUGAAGCAUCCUGGAUGGGUGAAGAUGUGCCGCAUCCAAUGAGAGGUCUCGGCCUGUCCUCUCUGCACCUGCUGGAAAAGAGAGCUCUCGUCAGUGCAGUCAGCGUGGCAGUGGAGGCCGUCUUGGCCCAGUUUAGUUCUUCUCGGACGGUGGUUCAGAAGGCCUUAUCGGGAGACAGCACUGUAAAUCCAUCGCUGGGUCGUCUAGUGCUGCAGUGCCUCUGCCCCGCCCUGCACAGCCUGCUGACAGACGGCCUCAAGCCCCACCAGAGUGACCUGAUUGCAGGCAGAAGGCCAACUUCAGCCUGGAGCCUGGUCCAGGCUUCAACCCGGCCAGGACCUAAAACACAGGCUCUGUUCAACCUUCAAGUUAGAGUUGGAGAGCUGCCUCAGCUUAAGCAGAACAAACAUCGCUUCAAUGCAUUCCUACUUGGAUUACUUAACUCAAAGCAACUUGAUUUCUGGGUGUCUCAUGUUCAGUCUUGCAGUGAUGUACUGGACACAUACUACCGUCCGACCUCCUUCAUGCGUCUGUCGCUGACCGCCUGCCAGCCUCUGUUCGACGAGCUGCUCCUCGUCCUGCAGCCUCUCAGCCUGCUGACCUUCAACCUGGACCUGCUUUUUCAGCAUCACCAACUCGACCCCCACAGCCCCGCUCCGAAGGUGCGCAGCCCACCCGGUCAGGAUGCAGGACUAAAGUCAUCACGGUCUGAGAUGAGAGGCGGCAGGUAUAUGGAGAGCCUCUCGGAGGUAGACUUUGCAAGUCCAGAACAUCAGGUAGCUUCAGCAGCUACUCCAAACAGUGGGGGGUCAUUGGAGUCUAGUGAUAGCAAUACUCCACCCACUCUGAGCCACACAAGUCCUCAGCUGAUGUGGGUCCAGGAGAAGAGGAUUGGUGAACUACCGCCUCCAAAUCUUGAAGAGGAGAGUCUUGCUCAGCAGGCUGGACAGGUGAUCCAGCAGGGGUGGGGCGCUGUGAUGCGCUGGGGAGGCAGACUGAGCCAGAACUUGGCCGAGCUCAAUCUGUCCACUGGGAGAACGGCUCUGCCGGAUCACCAAGACCAGGAGGGCAGUGACUUUGUCCCGGUCAGCUCUGUCGCUCAGGUGCCCUGGGGUCUGGGUCGCCUCUUUGGUGCUACCCCCAAAAGCCCCAACAGUCCAGUGGGUCACGCUCCAUCACCCAGGCGGCCCUCUCAGUGGUUGGCUCCCAGUGUCACAGCGCUGACCCGAAUGGUGAGCAGCACUUCUGUCCCGCUGUUAAGGAAGACGCUGGAACCACAGGGGGAGAGCGAGACCUCGUCUGAGAGAGCGCCUGACUCGCUGGAGAUGAUGGACAGACCCAAAUCUCACAGGUCGGUGCGAACGCUGUGCGACCACGCCGGGACGGGCUCGGAGCUCAGCUUCUGCAAGGGGGAGGAGCUGCUAGUCUUAGGGGGUGUUGACCAAGACUGGAUCCGCUGUCGUCAGGGAGACAGAGAGGGGCUGGUACCUAUUGGCUACACUUCGCUCAUCAUGUGACACCGUUAACUGCUGGGCGCCAUGAAUUAAAGAUGAAAACAACAACAGAAAUACAUAAGCGGAAGAAAAUAUUCUUGGGCAAAUGCUGAGAGGUUCUGAUGAGGUUCCAGUACUCUUAAAGGGAUGUUUCACCUCUGUUGUAAACCGAUGGUGUCAAAUAACGUAAGCCGUACCAGCUUGUUGUGAAAUAUCCCUUUAAGUGCACUUCCUGCGUUGUUCGCCUUCCUCAGCAGCUGCUGGUCGUAGGGGAAUUAAUCAGCAGCAGUAGGGGUGGGCGAUAAUGCACAUUUUGGUAUUGAUCCGAUACCAAGUUAAUACAGGGCAGAUACCCAUACUGAAACGUUUUACUUGAUAUUGAAUGAUUUUGUGAUUUUUGCCUUUAAUUUGUUGAUCCCGAUUAUGAUCUGAAUAAAACACUGGCAAAAUCAUAUUUUUAUCAACAAUUUAACAAUACAGUGUAAGACAAUGUAACUAUCAACUAAAUAAUACAAGUAUGUCCUUUUAUUAUAUACAAUUGCUUGAGCCAAAUAAAGUCAGUAGAACCAAAUAAGUAAACAAAUAAGCUAUUGGCUCUCCUUCAAAUCCAAACUUCUUAAUUCACUGACUUCGUAAACAAUACAGUAUAUCGAUGUACAGUAUAACUGUAGCAGAAUUAGCAGAUAUGGAAAAUAUUUACUGGUACCGAUCCGAUACUGAUACUGCCCAUUGUAUUGAUAUUUGGAUGGAUACGCCCACCCCUCGUCUUCAGGGUGUCAAAGCAGGGAGCGCAUUGAGAGUACUGUCCCAUGAGCUCCUGUUGUAUACGUGAUCAUAUAGUGAACUAUAGCUGUGUGUACAUCUGUGCAGUAUUGACCUCUCACCCAUCUCCUCCGCUGUUUGACAUUUUACUGCUCUAUUUGACUGUAUAAAUACUAUACAUACAUAUAAAUAUAUAUAUAUAAUAUAUAAAAAGUGAGAUUGAUAUUAUAUUAAGAGGCAAAAGAGCGAACUGGUCGCGGAACACUACGGCGACAAUACAGGCGGGAUUCAUUCUCUCAACAUUUGAGUGGCGGUCAUACAAAUAAAGGUGUACGUGUUUGCGAUAUCCGAUAUCUUCCUUCCCGCGUGCGUGCUUCAUGUAUUGCCAUUGUCUUGAAAUAGCUUCCAAAUUUGGAGUGCAUCCUCAAAUAGUGGCCCCUGCUCUUUGGACGCCGCACCUCAAUUCAUCACCACUCGACGGCGCACCUUGAAUAGACGUCUCUUCGGUUCGGUUUGGUACGCAUAGAAAUGUCACAGCAGCGUUACGGUGCUCAAGACUCCAGUGAGUGAGUUAACGUAAAUAAAGAAGAAAACAAGAUACACGUCUUGAAAUCCUCGAUUUUUUUAGCUGAAUUGCGACAACAACUAGCACACGAUCAACAUCACCUAAUGAAUUAAAACCAACAACAAGUAAAACACACAUCCACGUGCUCUUACAUAGGGAUGGGUACCAAAUUCGGCACUUUUUGUAGGCAACCAACCGAAUUUCACAUAAAAGGUACCACGUUUGGGCACCUAAACGGCACUCUCCUAACAACAUUCAAUUCACAAGAGAAGAAGACCAAGCCAGACGGAGGGGGCGACCUUUACACCAACAAGGAGACAAAUCAAAGGUUCAGAAGCUGAAAUAAGUCAGUUUUAAGUGCGUGUAUGGAUACAAUAAAACCUACCUGUUUAAUAUGUGUCAAUGUGGAAGAAGACACUUUUAAUACGAGUAGAAACGCAUCAAACAGAUGUAUUUUAACACCAAAACUUGAUUUUGUACUCACAAAUGAAUUCAAUUGGAGUGAAAAUCAUACGGGUGUAUUUAGUUAGUCAGUAAUAAGCAUACAACAACAAGAACACGCCAGUAGAUGGUAGUAAAAGUAUGUGAGAACAUUCACAAGCAACAUCUUUCAUCACCUUAUUUAGUAACGUGAGCCUGGACUGUCCAUAAAAAACAUUUGAGAUGUCAGUGACAUCGAAUGAAUCCAGCAAUUACAAGUAAUUCACUGCUAGAAGAAUAGCAAAGUCAGUCUACCACAGUUGCAGUUUCUUUGUUUGCCUCUCAGGGGCACCACAACCGCAAGAACCAAAGCAGGUGUCUUUUAAACACACAUUCAAACAUUACCCACAACACCAAAGAGCUGUAGAAAGUUAUAUUAGUUAGACCGGCCACACAGCAAAUAGCGUGUACUGUAGCUUUGUCUUCUUCGACACACAAAGCCAUCCAGUGACUACAAUUAGGGCCACAUUGCGAAAAAAAAACCCAUCUGAGAUUUUGACAUUAAAGUCGUAAAGUUGCGAGGAUAAAGUCGUAACUUUACUAGAAAAAAGUCGUAAAUUUAUGACAAUAAAGUAUGAUAAAAAAACGCAAUGUUCCGAAAAAAAAGUUGCAAAUUUCUGAGAAUAAAGUGCGAGAAAAAAAGUUUUACAUUUCUGAGAAUAAAGUGCGAGAAAAAAAGUUGUAAUAUUACGAUAGUAAAGUCAUAAAUUUACAAGAAUAAAGUCGUACAUUUACGAGAAAAAAAGUUGUAAUAUUACGAUAAUAAAGUUGUAAAUUUACAAAAAUAAAGUCGUAACAUUAUGAGAACAAAAUUGUAACAUUACGAGAAAAAAAGUCUUAGUGUUACAAGAAUAAAGUCCUAAAUUUACGAGAAAAACAGUUGCAAUACUACGAGAAUAAAAUGGUACAUUUACAAGAAUAAAGUUGUAAUAUUACGAGAAAAAAAGUCAUAAUAUUUGAAGAAUAAAUGCCUGUUACAAAUGUUUUUGGAGUUUUGGAGAAUAAAGUCAUAAUAUAAUGUGUCAGAGGGAAAAUAGAGCAUAGUUCUUCAGGAACUUCAGGCAAGCUUUUAUUUAUAACGUGGCAGCAAAACAGCAGUUGAGCACAGACGGAUUAGCAUGUCUAACCCUUCUCACUUCCGCCUCCCUUACCCCGCCCCCUCCACAUGCCCAAGGCCAAAGGUCCCAGGCAUUGCCUGAGACAGCUAUGAAAAGGGGGAAUUUACGUGACCUUUGGCCUCAGGCAAAGGAAAUAUUUCGACUUUUUUUCUCGUAAAUUUCCGACUUUAUUCUAGUAAAUGUACAACUUUUUUUUCUCAUAAAUCGACAUCGUUAUUCUGGAAAUCUCAGAUUAUAUAUUUUUGUCAAUGUGGCCCUAAUACUCCGUCGUCGUGUUUACAGUACUUCAAUUUGUAAAAUAUUAUACCUUUUAUGAUAUUUUUGCUCCAUCCUCUUUUGCUCAUUUGUUUUCAACUUACCUGUCCUCCAAGGACCCCCAUAACACAAUUUUUCCAGUGGGGAAAGGAACAGAAGUAGUGUACAUAGAGAGGGUUCUAAUUGUAGGUAAGGCUUUUCAUGUUGAAGACAUUUGUGAAACAACUGGGACGUUACGAUGCAAACAGAUGGAUGUUGUUUUGAUAUAUUUGUUAAAGGUUGUAAAUGUAUUAAAUUGGGGGAAAAAUUAAAUUAGUAAAUUAGCAUUUAAUACCACAUAAACACACACAAAAGUACCGAAUAUUGGUAUUGUGUGGGAAUUGGUACCGUAUCUGUUCCAAGGUGAAAGGUACCCAUCCCUAGUCUUACAGCUGAGCAGCGAGCGCUAACCUGAAUCCUAGAGACUUGUCGCUCAGAUCUUAAUCAAGGUCAUGCUUAGAAAAGUGCCUCAAAGUACUUUGUGAGUGGCUUACUACUUGAAAAACGAAAUGUUGGCGAGCUAUCGUAAGGGAAUAGUUAGUUCCGCUUGUAACUGCACUGCUCAUUGGACUCAUUGGACCUAAGAAUUUAAGCACACUGCUAAUUUAUGGCAGUCACACGUUCCAGCUGUCAAUGUAACACUCGUUACCACUCAUCAACAAACUAGCGGUAACCCCACGACACAAAUAAAUCAAUAAAUAAAAGAAUGAAUACCUACUUGUAGUACUCCAGUAAAUCAAGCUGUCCUGGGCCACUAUUUGAAGAAGUACGGUUGAACCUUUUGAGGAUAACAACUGGCUAUCUUUAGCUAAAUCUUCCUACUGGUAAAAAAAAAAACAAAAAACAAAAAAAAACACACACACACACACAGGCUGUGUCUCAAAUGGAGUACUUCCAUCAGUACACUUCAGUGAGUGUACUGCACACUCACUAUUUGGAGGCAUGUUGAGUGCACUGCAUUUUGCCGCACCCAGCGUUUCCCAUACAUUCAUUUACAGUACUUGUCAAGCAGGAGGUGUCAGAAAAGUUACCACAGGGAUAACUGGCUCGUGGCGGCCAAGCGUUCACAGCGACGUCGCUUUUCGAUCCUUCGAUGUCGGCUCUUCCUAUCAUUGUGAAGCAGAAUUCACAGUGUUGGAUUGUUCACCCACUAAGAGGGAACGUGAGACAGGUUAGUUUUACCCGACUGAUGAUGUGUUGUUGAAAUAGUAAUCCUCCGCCACAAAAAGAUCUAGCGCAACCUUUUUUUUUUUUUUUUUAGAUUCACCGCUACCCUCAUAAACACAGCAUAACGGGACUUGUCUCUGUAGUUUGUCGUUACAACUCUCUACAGUAGAUGGCAUUGUAACGUCUCAUACACGCAUACACAACUGACCUGGCCACCUUUUAUAGUGAGGUAUUACUUGUAGAUCAUCAGGGGUGUCCAAUGUGCAACCUGUGCCUGUUUUUAAAAAAAAAAAAUUUAAAUUAUUGGCCCGUGGCACAUUCUGAAAAUAUCAUUUGACAAGAAAACAAACAAAAAAAUUAAUAAAUGUUCAAAGCAGCAGUAAUUCUACAAGAAUAAAGUCCAAAUAUGAAGAGAAAAAAAAAAGAAAAAGAAACAUUUUUUUAACGAGAAUAAUUACGAAGAAUAAUUGUGAGGAAAAAAUAACUAAUAAUAAUAACUAAUAAUUUUAGUAGCAUAAUAAGACAGGGGUUUUUUAAGUCGUAAUAUUAUGAGACACUAUGACGGAGUAUUAGGGCCACAUUGGGAAAAAAAAUCUCAGAUUUUGAGAAUAAAGUCGUACAUUUAUGAGAAAAACAGUUCUAAAUUUACAAGAGUAAAGUUGUACAUUUACGAGGAAAAAAGAAAAAAGGUCGUAAUGAGAAUACCUUUGUAAAUUUAGGAGAAUAAAGUGGUAAAUUUAGGAGAAUAAAGUGGUAAUAUUGCAGUACGUGUCAUGGCUUUUAUGAGAAUAAAGUCGUAGUCUAACAAGACAAAAAAGUCGCAAUAUUUAUGAGAAUAAAUGCAGAAUAUUCCGAAGAAAAAUAAUGUCGUUUUAGUAGCUUAGAGUUUAAAUAUUAAAGAAAAAAAAAUUUGGGGGUGUAAUAUGAGAAACAAAACAAAAAGUUGUCAUUUUUGGAAAAUUAGGUUGGGGGAAAAAUGUAUAAUUUGGGAAUAAAGUCAAAAUAUUAUGGGAAUAAAAUUCAUUACAUAAAAAAAAAAUUGAAAAAAGCAAAUUUGAUGCAAAUAAGAGGCUUUUUCACCAAUGUGACAAAGCUGAGAUGAAAGUAUAUAACUUUUUAGCAUAUCUAUAAAAUAACAACGUGGCAAAGUUGCAUCCUUUCAUCUUCCACUAGGUGGCCCUCGUAGGAAAGAGUUUGGACACCCGUUUGUUAGACGGUACAAUGAGGUGUGCCUCGUGUUCUGUUAUUAAAUGAGCGUUAAAAGCAUGUUGCGCAUUUCUUAUGACGCUCCAUUUACCCGUCCACACACAAACACCGAGCCGGAGUUUUGCGUCACACGGCGUACUUGUCCGCGUGAACCCGCUUAAGCGCUCCAAAUACGAAGCCAAAGUACGGAAGUGCGCCAAUUGAGACACAAGCAGUCUUUUAAGUUUGCUCAACACUAUCUGACCUGAAUGCAGCAAUGUAUGUAAUGAUUAUAAUAAUAAUAAUAAUAAUAUUGGCUGGUCAUGUCCUUGUACCUUUUGCAUUGACCCUUUUGACUCUUAACCCCGCCAUGUUCAUCGCUAUAAUUAACGCCAGUGGUAGUAGAAGUGGUUGUGUGGUGGUGGCAGUGAUCUGUUCAUACACAGUACUUUUGCUUUGUGUCAUCUGCUUAGUGAUCCUUCUACUUCUCGAGGCUGUGUGUUGGCCAGAAUUGCACGUGUGCGACAUUGACCUGUACAGUACAGUACCUCUCCUUUGCUAGAAAAGCAUCCGUCCGAGGCCGUCGCUGCUGAGCUGGAGUUGAAUGUUUCUUAUUUUUACUGAUCCAAUCAGCUAUCAGGGAUGUUUUUGUGUGGUGUAGCAUUACUGUCACUAUGGCAACAGUAGCAUACAUUACGUUAGACCGGUGCUCACCACUGAUGACUCAUGUGGUCGCCAUCAAGGAAACAAUCCGUGCACAUUUUUAUUUUCAAUGACCACAAUGCAUUUGUUUGCACGCUUUUAAUUUGUUGGAUGUACUAUUUAUUUAUUUAUUUAUUUAUUUUGUUUUUGAGAGGAAUCACUUGUGGAGCGAGUGUGUGUUCAUGUGUCAGGGGAAGCACAUCCUGGACUUUCACUUGUGUGGAAGUGUGUGUGUGUGUGUGUGUGUGGAAGUGGGCGUGUAGUGUUCAGUAUAGCUUCCUCCUUUCCUCCUCUUCCUCCUCUCUGGUGUCAUGUAGCCCGUAGACAUGCCCCGUGUCCUGUUAGGAUAAUUGCAUAAUAGUGUCACUAGUCACUGUCCACUUCCUGCAUGUGCUUGUUUGUAAAUACACCAAAUAAAACCAUCAGUAUGAACCAAAGCUCUUAGUCGUGUCAUUUUCUUUGAGGCUACCGUGUGAACUCAAUGACAACAACUUGCUUGUAUUCAAAAACUGCAGGAUGUGAAUUCAAUAUAUACAUACAAAGUUUUGUCAUCCAUCCAUUCAUCCAUUUUCUAUACUGCUUCUCCUCAUUAGGGUCGCGGGGCAUGCUGGAGCCUAUCCCAGCUGAUAGGCGGGGUACACCCUGGUUGUGUCAUAACAAUCAGAAAAGAAAUCUACCAAAACAUGUUUGAAACAAAAAAAAAUGUGAUGGUUAUUUAUUUGGCAAACACAGUGGUGUGAAAAAGUGUUUGCCCUCCUUCCUGAUUUCUUAUGUUUUUGCAUGUCUGUCACAUUUAAAUGUUUCAGAUCAUCAAACAAAUGUAAAUAUUAGUCAAUGACAACACAACUGAACACAAAAUGCAGUUUUUAAAUUAAACUUUUUAUUAUUAAGAGAGGAACACAUCCAAACCUACAUGGCCCUGUGUGAAAAAGUGAUUGCCCCCCUGUUAAAACAUAACAGAUUCAUUGAGAUCUAUCUAUCUGGAAAAGGUUACCCUAAGAGGUCACAAAAGACCCCACAACAACAUCCAAAGCAUUGCACUUGCCUCAGUUGAGGUCAGUGUUCAUGACUCCACCAUAAGAAAGACACUGGGCAAAAACGGCCUGCAUGGCAGAGUUCCAAGACCAAAACCACUGCUGAACAAAAACAACAUUAAGGCUUGUCUCAAUUUUGCCAGAAAACAUCUUGAUGAUCCCCAAGACCUUUGGGAAAAUACUCUGUGGUCUGACGAGACAAAAGUUGAACUUUUUGGAAGGUGUGUGUCCCAUUACAUCUGGCGUAAAAGUGUAAAAGAAAUAAAAAGACCAUCAUACCAACAGUAAAAUAUGGUGGUGGUAGCGUGAUGGUCUGGGCUGUAUUGCUGCUUCAGGACCUGGAAAACUUGCUGUGAUAAAUGGAACCAUGAAUUCUGCUGUCUACCAAAAAAUGCUGAAGGAGAAUGUCCGGCCAUCUGAUGGGGACCUCAAGCUGAAACCAACUUGGGUUCUGCAGCAGGACAAUGAUCCAAAACACACCAGCAAGUCCACCUCUGAAUGGCUGAAGAAAAACAAAAUGAAGACUUUGGAGUGGCCUAGUCCAAGUCCUGACCUGAAUCCUAUUGAGAUGCUGUGGCAUGACCUUAACAAUAAAAAGUUUAAUUUAAAACUGCCUUUUGUGUUCAGUUGUGUUGUCAUUGACUAAUAUUUGAAUUAGUUAGAUUUUUAACAUUUAAGUGUGACAAACGUACAAAAAAAUAAAUAAAUGUGGAAGGGGGCAAUCUUUUUCACACCACUGAAAAUGUCUUUUUCACAAAUAAUAUUAGAAAAUAAUAAGUAAGAUAUAAUAUCAGAGCUUGAGGUGUCUUUUCUGUUUCGGAAUUCAAAUAAGUAAUUAAAAGAAUAAUGUGUUAAAAUCAAUGUUGCUGCCAGCGACUGACACAUCUCAGGGCCUAACAAUA